AUGAAGAAAUUUGGUGGCUCGUCUUGGACUAAAGAAUUAGUAAAACGAAGACCUGAUCAGGUUCCUAGGAUGAUGACUCCACUUGCGCAAAGCGGAACAAAUAGAGCUCUUCAGAGAGCAAGGGCUUUCAAAUCUGAAUACCCUUGUUGCACGGUUAUUAUGCAUCCCUCGUAUAUCCAGGCAAAUACUUUGAAUUUGGAAGCUAAGUUUGCCCGGGAACAUCUUCUAAACAGGACUCAUGAUAAUGUGAUUCUUCGUGUUUCUGGUGGAAGAACUUGGCCUGUCAAAUUACACCAAUAUAGCAAAACUGUACUGAAAUUCCAGACUGGCUGGAUGACAUUUGUGCAAGACAAUGGUCUGGAAAUCGGUGAUGUGUGUGUUUUCAUGUUGAUCAAUAAUACCGAACAUUUAAUUGAUGUAGUCAUUUUCCGUGGUAGAGAAACUGCUGAUUGCACCUUUUCACCAGGGAAAGCUCAAUCAAUUUCCAAGGACCAGUUCAAGUCAAAAAAUAAGAAAGUAGCCGGGUGGAUGUAGUUGUUGAAGCUGAGUAUUUCACCACGAAUACUACCAAACAUGAAUCUGAAUAUUGAAGUAAGAGGAAAAAAGGCCUGCAAAUUUAAGGAUGUCCAUGUCCUCCACUUGUUAUUUUGAU